CACACACACACACACACGCCUGCUCGUACUGAAUAACAAAAUAAAAUUGUUUCUUAAAGAAGCUAAAGAAAUGAGAAUUAAAAAAAAAAAAGGAAAACAUAAUAUAGUAGAACAGAAUGCAUAGAUAACAAAGAAAAUCAAUCACUUAUAAAACAAUAAAGUAUAUAUGCGUACAACAUCAAACAAAAGUUUCUGUAAGAGGAAAUGUACCAGUUGCUUCCUCCUGCUUGCUGGUGGUAUUUAUAGCAUGUUUAAAAAAGAAUAGAUAUGUAUCGUAUUUCCUGGUUUAUGUGGCGAUAUCGUCUGUUGACUUACUUCGUCUUGCUGUAGUUAAGUAGGCACUAUCUUCGCAAGCAAUAUUGAUUCUCGUAGAAUCUUGUUGUUUCGCAUUGCACACACACGAACACACACGCUCACACACACACACACACACACACACACACACACACACACACACACACACACGCACACACACGCACGCACGCACGCACGCAUGCACGCACAAGCACAGGUGCCUUUAAAAAUAUUCUUUUUUUUAUCGUCACUUUUUCCUUGUCUCUAUUUUAGUAUUAUACAUUCGAGGAAGUUGAAAGCAGAAAAUUUCAUUGCACAAAUUAUAUUUAGUGCACACUGAUGUGCUUUCUGAAGCCGAUCUAAAUCUGUCAUCAAGUGCGCUUAUAUAAGAACGCAUGUGAGCGUAUUUGUAAGUAGAUAAGUAACCUUAUAUGGCAGUGAUAAUGGUGAUGGUGGCAGGUAAAACAAACGAAACAAAAUAGACUAGAAACUCUCUAAAUCAAUGGACAUACUUUCGAGACCAAGAAUAUAGAAGGAAGGAAGGAAAAAAAAGGGGAAAUAUAUCCAAGAAUCAUACUAAGCAUCUGCAUAAAUAUCGUAUAUAUUCAUAUGCAUACUUGCUAUAGUACCGAACAACAGACAAAGUAACAAUAGCGUCUAUUUGAUAUUGCAGGAAAACGUUAAAGAAAAGUUGAUAAAAAGUAUGUAAAUGAAAACGUAGCGGAACAAACAUUUGAGAUAACAAAAAAAAAAAAAAAAAAAAAAAAACGAAGGAGAAUAGGACAACGAGACAAAAAAAGGAAAAUACAACUAAAAGCGAACACAAAGUUAUGCUAACGUCAUCAUUCGUCUCCAGCUCCCCGUGCCGCACACGAUGAUCCUGAACGCCAGGCGCGGAAAAACCUCUUCGUGUGCUGUUCUCCUCGUUAUCUUGUUCUUCGCGGUGAACACUUACACUCCUGGCUCUCAAAGGGGAUCUUCGGAGACCGACCUUUCGCUGUUGUUCACUUCGGAGGCGGUCAGGCCCGCAUCCGAAUGCAUGCACAUCAAGAAGAACACGAAACCGAAGUCAAGCACAAGCAACCAUAUUGAACCCGAUCUGCACGAAACCUUUCGGACGCGGAGAGAACACUUGCUCGAACAAUGUCGCCGACUGAACCUAACAGCAAAGUACACUAACAAAGACUGGUUAUGGUCAUUGCUUUUAGAAUUUCCCGGCCCGCUCGAUGUGUGUCUCCCUCCAAAGGUGGGCUCGACAUCAUGGCGAGAGCUUCAGAAGCGAGUGAGCGAGCGAGAGCUUUCCGGCCUCCACCCCAGCAGCGCCAUCUUGGUUCGUCAUCCACUGUCUCGCCUGACGUCUGCUUAUAGGGACAAGUACCUUGACGGAGCGCCGAUUAGUGACUACGACAAAAACUGGAGGAAGAGCCAGGGCUUCACCGCGCCCCGCUUCUACUACUGGUACAAUUAUUGGAUCCCAACUCUGAUCUCCUCGGGGAGGCUGGUUCCUUCGGAGGAGUUCCUCAAGAGGGUCAAAGACGGUCGGAGCAUUCACAGGACCAGAAGCGUCGGCAUAGCUAACCUACGGGAUGCUGUUAUGGACAUCUACGGGAGUAAAGACCUUCAGAAGCAGUUUAGCAACGCCACUUUCACCUUUCGAGAGUUUCUGGAAUUCAUUCUCUGGGUGGAUGAGCUGGGUAUGCGGGACCUGCACUGGGGCACGUACACGGAGCAGUGCCUCCCUUGCCAAGAGGACUAUCAGUACAUCCUUCACCUAGAGACAGUAGAUGCAGAAUCUAGAGUCCUUCUGCAGGAUGUAGGAUACCCAGAGGAUAUCCGCUUGGCCACCAAGCACCGAACGAAGGGCCUCUCUCACACGUUAAGCACAAAUGAUCUCGAGUAUUAUAAGAACCUUCCCAAAGGUUUACUGAACAGAAUUCUUAAAUUCUAUGAAUAUGAUUUCGAUCUUUUUGGUUACAGCAAAGAUAUACUGGCAGUGUGACCAUCAGGAAAAGUAGUGUGAUUGGAUACGUACUGAUGGUGUGAUAAAAAAACGUAUGCAAUGCGCUUUGACACUUCAUUUUUGAAAGGUAGCCAGCAGAACGUACUUAUACAUAAUUAAUUUAAUCAGUGUCCAAUAUCUUUAUUUUUUCAGUGUCGGACCAACCUUGCAUUGUAACUAAUAAGAGGAUGUAGGAAUUCUGACUUUUGGUAUCUUUGCUUCUGUAGCUAUAAGAUGUUACGAGGACGAAAGAAAAUAAAUGUUCUCUCUUUGAGCUUCUUCAAGGCUAGCAGUGACACCCUUAGCUUCGUCCUGAUCACAGGCUUUGAAAAAGGUUACAUAUCCUCAUGACCUUUUGCAAAAGACUCAUCAUUUUAAUUUAAAAUAUCAAGUAUUAUCUUCGAAUCUCUCUCUAUCUCUCUCUCUCU